AUGCCUACUCCCGCUGAAAUUAUCGCUGCUCGUUUGAACCAUUCGGAAGAUGUCGAACAAGAGCCGGAACCUGUCUUUGGACAAGAACCGAAAUCUAGAAGUACUACGCCAUCUAUCAGCGAUGAAUCUGCUUUUCCUGCUUUAGGAUCAAAAGCUAGUUCAAAUGUCCAACAAUCAGGUGCUUCUUCAUGGGGCCCUAAAAUGAAGGCACCACCAACUAAAACAGCAACUUCUGCUUCUGGUUUUCCCAAAACUGCCAAGAGUGGUAAUGGAUUCGCCGUUAAACCGAAAACCUCUACCAUCCAAGAAGCUUUUUCAUUGGACGUUGAAGAUCAAUUGAAUGUUGCGCGUGCUGAAUUUAUCAAGAUAUUGACCUACGUUAUGCAAGAGACGAAAACAUCGGUUGAAUGUACCACUUCGCAACACACGAAAAAGAGGACUUUUUUAAUCAGCGGUAAACCAGAUGAUGUUAAAAUUGCCAAGCGCUUAGUUGUCAAGAAAUUGACCAAACCAGUGCAGAUCAAGUUUAAUGUGCCUGCCAAGUUGAGAUCUAGAAUCAUUGGUCAAGGUGGAAAGACUUUGAAACCGAUUAUCCAGGCUAAUGAAGUCAAGAUUGAAAUUGGAGAUAAAGAGGAAUCUCAUGAUUCAAGCGAUGCCGGUCAAGAAGAGGAUGAUGACUUGUUUGCCACGACUGUUGUGAUCACUAUUGAUGGUGAUGUUGAAGGAGCCAAGGCUGCAAAGAAUGAGAUUUUGACCAUUGUCAAGGAGGAAACAAAGAACUUGACUGUCAAGGUUCCUUUGGAUGAAAAAGUCAAACCAUUUGCCGAGACAGAAUUGCAGAAAGUUGUUGAUCAAUACGAUGCAUUAGACUUUUCUAUACCCACUUUUAAAUCAGCUUCAAACAAUAUAGUAAUUCAUGGUGAGCGUGAGUUGGUAUUGGAAGCUAGAUCUGAUGUUAGGGCAGCAUUGGAGAAAUUGUCACAAAAGAUAGUCACCGAAGAGGUACCAAUCCCCAAAACAAAGUAUCAAUUUUUACCUAUCGAUGAAGUUUUAUCAAAGUGUAAUGUUUUAAUCCAAUUACCAAAAGAAGGUGAGACUAAUGUUAAAUUUGCUGGUGAGAAAAAGAAUAUUAAAUUGGCUCAAGAGGAGGCAAGAAAAGUCACCUCACAAUACAAGGUUGAAGUCUUGGAUAUGUCAAAGGCUCACAAGGGGAACUUGAGACACGUUAGUGCUGUGGCAGCUUACUUGAAUAAGAUUGGCGCAUUCAAAACUAUCGCCGAUGCUAAUGAUGUUGUAAUCAAUACUCCUUCAAUCAAGGAAUUGAACAAUGAAUCGAGCACCUCGAUUCCAAUUCAAAUUGUGUCAAAGGGUGGAGAUGAACAUAUCAAGGCAGCCAAAAAGUCCAUUGUCAGUCAAGUCAAUAAGAUUACCCCUGAUCAAACCAAGGUAAUUGAUGAUAUUGAGUCGUUCUUGUUGAACAAAGUUGAUGGAACCAUUCGUGACAUUGCUAAGAAGGAAAAUGUUGAAUACAUCAUUUUGCACAACACCAUAACCUUGUUCAAGUCUGAAGAUCAACAAGAGGAAGCAGAAGAUUUUGAUGAUUUUGGAACAAGUGGUGGUGACUCCUUCGACAAGGUCAAUUCCACUUUAGAUACAUUGAGAGAAUUGGCAGCCAAUUUAUCAAGUGCUACAUUGGAAGUUGCUUCAAAGGACCAGGAUGAUGUUGUUUCUGGGCCAAAGGGAGUGACUUUGAAAUCUAUUUUGUCGAGUAUUGAAACCGACUCUGUAUCUGUUAAGUUACACAGUAAUGGUUCUUCACCUUCUGAGAAUGAAAUCUACAUCCACGGUAUUAAGUCAUCGGUUGCAGCUGUUAAGAAGGAGAUUGAAUCAGUGUUGGCAGAUGCAAAGGAAUACCCCAAUGGCUUCAUUGGCGAAGUGCGUGUACCUUCACAAACUGUAUCCAGAUUGGUUGGUAAAAAUGGAACCUUUUUGAAUUCUCUUCGUGAUGAGUUUGGUGUAAAAAUUGAUGUACAAGAGCAAGACGCCAAGAAGGAUGAGUCUGACAAGUCAGAUGUUACAAUCAAGGGAGUCAAGAAGAACGUUGAAGCGGCAAAGGCAAAGAUCUCGGCAUUGGCUAAGAAAUGGGCCGAUGAAACUUUGGUUAGAGUAAGAAUUGAAAACCAAUACCACCGUAGAAUGAUUGGUGCUCAGGGUGUUUUUAUAAACCGUUUACAAGACAAGUACAAUGUCAAGAUUAGAUUUCCUGCUGCUGACACCACAUCACCAUCUCCUUUUGCCGAUGCACCUAAGUCAAAGGAUGAAGUUACAAUCAAGGGCCCUUCCAAGGGUGUCGCUAAAGCGGAAGAAGAGUUACAAGAAUUGUAUCAGUUUGAAAAAGAAAAUGGGUUCAAGAAACAAUUGCAAAUCCCAUCAAAGGCAGUUGCCAGAGUCAUUGGUAAAAGCGGUGAAACUAUUAAUGACAUUGCCGAUGGUACUGGUGUCGAGUACACUUUCAAACGUGAUAAUGAGGAAUCAAGUGGAAUUGUCGAAUUGGAGUUGACGGGUUCAAAGUCUGCAUUGAAGGAGGCAUCCACCAAGGUCCAGGAAAUUGUUGAUGAGGUUGAAAACUUUGUUGUGCGUACAAUCAAGGUCGACCCCAAGUACCACCGUGAUUUAGUUGGUCCUUCAGGUUCAGUAAUGAAACAAAUUAUCAGCACUGCUGGAGGAGAUGAUUUGCCAAGAAGCAAGUAUCAUCGUUUGCUCGCUAUACCUAACGAGGGUUCGGGUUCUGAUGAAGUUGUUUCUCAAGGUGAUAAGGCAAUUGUGGACAAGAUCAUCAGUGCUAUUGAGGCAAUUGUUAAGGAGAAGGAGGCAUCAGUUGUUGAAGAGAUUGAUUUGCCUAAGGAUAAACAUAGAUUAAUCAUUGGACCAAGUGGUUCAAUUCGUCACUCAUUGCAAUCUGAAUUUGGUGUUACUAUCGAAAUUCCAAGACCAAACAAUGAAAGCACAAUUGUUAAGGUGAGUGGCUUACCUGAAAAAGUGGCUGCUGCCAAAGAAAAGAUUGAAGCAUUGACCAAGGAUGACUGGAAGGUGUCCAUUGACAUUUUAGGCAAAUACCAUCCAUUAGUUUCUGAACAUGGUGCUGUGUUCAAAAAAUUAAAGAGUGACUACAAAGUUGAAGUGAGUCAUGGUAACUUUACCAGACAAGCCAGUAAAUUAUCAUCUUCUUCGAUUCCUGUGCCCCCAGAGUCAGCAUAUCCCGACAAUGACGAAGAUUUUAAAUUUACUACUGAAAAGUUUGCAGCCGAUUCCGGCGAUGACGUUGUCAUUCCUUGGAGAUUGAAAGGGGAGGAGAAGAAUGUGGAAAAAGCGGCCGAAUUCAUCAACAAGAAGUUGGAGUUGGCUGAGUCAGCAGACUCACAAGGGUGGUUGUAUGCGUCAAAACCGGCUGUGUUUUCUAAAAUCAUUGGUCCUCAAGGAUCAAAGAUUAACCAGUUGCGUGCUAAAACUAAUACGUUUAUUACAAUUCCAAAAGCUAGUGACAAGUUUUCCAAGUUUGUUUAUCUUGUGGGGGCUGAGGACAACUUGAACAAGGCUUACGAAGAAAUCAAAAAGUUAGUGUAA